CUUUAAUUUCAGCUAACUUUCCUCUCUACUCUGCAAGUCACAAUGCUCCACCCUCCUAGCGUAGAUAUCAAAAUGCUCGAUGAUUGGAAAGGAGUCAUCGAUCCCAAGACCAGACGGACAUUACAGAACCGUCUAAACCAGCGAGCCCGUACUACAAAGGAAGUGGAGAACACAAACACCCUCACCCUCAAAGACAACACCAAGCCUGCACAUACAAAUACGAAUACAAUCACCUUCCCAGACCUCGACACCCUCUCCAUCCUCGGCCCCCACGCCCCAAAAUCCCGCCUCACCCUGCAGCACAUCGAAGCCCUUCUCCACACCGAAUUCCUCUCCCCUUCCCCGCGUACAGACCUCCUCCUGACCCUGAAACGGGUCAACUUCAUGCGCGCCCUACACGCCAACAUCGAUGUGCUCGGCUACUCCGCCGCAGAGAUGCACGACGAUGCGCUCUCGCAAUUCGGCACGGCGGGGCCACGCAAGCCUGGGGUAAGGAACUUCGCGCUCCUCCCACCCGCACUGCAGCCGAGCUCUAUCCAGAAAGAAGUCCCGCAUCAUCCGUGGCUGGAUCUGCUGCCGAUUGUGCGGAUGCGCGAGAAUUUGAUUCUGGCGGGGGAGUCGUAUGAUGAUGUGCGGCUUUGUAGGGAUUUGUGUGGGUAUGGGACGCAGAUUCAGAGUCAAAGCCAGAAUCAGGGCUCGGGCGAGACGGGGGUUAUAAUCUGGAGGGACCCGUGGGAUCCAGAGGGGUGGGAGGUGACGGAGACGUUUCUGCGACGGUGGGGGUGGGUUGUGGCAGGGUGUUGGGAUUUGUUUAGGGCUACGGAUCGGUGGAGGGCUGUUAGGGGGGAGCCGCCUUUGUUUCGAAUAGACUAGAGAUAGAUAUGUUUAUUAUGACUUAUGAAUGUGUACCCUACCCUAAUAAUGGAUUAAGCAGUCUCGAUCUGCUCUACGCCUAGGCCCUCGACUUUCCUGUUAACCUCUGUCUGCUCUGCGUGCUGGCCGGGCAUGACAGUCCUUCCGCCCUUGGAGGUGAACACGCCACCUGUGAAUCCUCUCUUCGUGAACAGCAGCGGGAUAUCCUCUAGCUCCAGCCCCUUGGUCUCGGGGUAGAAGAAGUACACCAUGGGAAUGAAGGCGGCGUUGAGGACAGCGAAGAUGACGAAUGUGCGCCAGCCGAUGUUCG